AUGGAACUGAGAAACGGAUCAGUACUUCAAUACGUAAUAUCUCGGCAACAGUCAAAUAAACAUCUGUUUGGACUUGGAAAGCAGUAUAACAUUGUAUGGAGACAGACAGACAUGACUAAACAGGAGAUAAUCUGUCGCUUUGGUAUAAUAGUCGUGGUUGUUGCUUUACAAGCUGCUAAUUAUUUGGAAGCUAGCUACACCUACAUUCUCCACGAUUAUGAAUUAUCGUGGAUUAAAGCUGAAGAAAGAUGUGAAGAUGACGGUAUGAUACUGUUGAAGAUAAACAGCCAGCAGGAACUGGAUCAGUUACAUACAUUGUUUGGAGACAACAUAUCUGAACGCGCUAUUUGGACUGGCUUACACACAACAACAGAUAAUUGUUCAGACUAUACCUGGAGCGAUGGUGUCGUGGCAACCUGGUACAUAUGGCACCCGGAAGAACCUGAUGAUUGUGCCUCAGCAAAAUGUGUCAGGCUUUAUGAAGGUGAAAUGAGGACGAGACGUUGUAAGAGGACGGGUUCAUUUAUCUGCCAAACACAAAAAGAAACAACUUCUACUUCAACAAAGACUACUCCGACUGAAGCAGAAACCACAACCAGUUCUUUCACCGAGUCUACAACAACCGCAAAACCAGAAACAACAUCUACUUCAACAACGAAUACUCCGACUGAAGCAGAAACCUCAACCAUUUCUGUCACCGAGGCUACAACAACCGAACAAGAAACAACCUCAAGAGCAACCGAUGGUUCUACAAAUGGCACUUUCGGUUCGGGUGUUGGAUCGGAAUACACCACCUCCAGCCUGGUUGAUGGAACUGAAUUUUCGACUGAAAGCAUCAUAGGAAAUAUAACCUGCCUCUGUGACGAGAAUUCACUGAACACUACAGUUGGUCGUCGCGGGAUCAUUCCCUCCUCGCUUGCCCACCAAAAGAACCUGUUAAUGUCAGGGUACGUCCCAGCGUGUUUAAAGAAUACUGAAUGGGGAAAUGGGUCAACAUCACUGAGCAGAGAAGAAAAAAUGGAACUGCUAAAUACUUUGAAGAAGCAACUUAAGCUAGCCAAGGACACCACCAGUUUGUCCAGACGAAAACUUAUCAGCGCUCCUGAUAACAGGACCAGCGCCACAUCCGUCGGUGUUAUAGGGAUAUGCGUCCUAGUCGCCUUGUUUGGGACAAUUGUAUUGAUCGACGCAUCAACAUUGUAUAGAUACUAUAAAAACACUCUUGAAAAAUUAGGUAUGUUACUCUACUGUCUUGUUGUAUUAUGA